AUGUCAGAUUCUGAGGAAGACUUAUCCAUUCCUCAGGACGAUUCUGAAGAGGAAUUUGACCUCAACGAAGGUAAAGCGAAAAAAAAGGCUAACAAAAAAACCAAAAAACCUAAAACUAACUCUGCUAAGUCAGAAAAAACCCCAAGAAAGAAAAAAAACGAGGAAAACAAUAAAAAGUCCUCUAAAAAGGAAAGUAAAUCUAAAGCUGGCAAAUCAGAUUUAAAAAAGGUUAAAAAAAAUAACAAAGAAAAGAAAACUACUAGAAAAAGCAAGCCUAAAGCGCCUAAAGAAAAGACUGUUAAAAUUGAACUGAACAGUUCAUUCAGUAAGCCAGGCCAAAGGUAUAUGACUCCUCCACAGGGAGACGGAACUAGAGGAUUUUACGAGAGUUUAUACGAGGAGAACCCGAAUAGCCUAAUCGCAAUCAAAUUUUGUGUAGAAUAUGGUAUUUUUGGUGGUUCUAAGCACGACGAGGUACUUCACAAGUACACUCAGCUGCAAAAGCAUGGACAUUUCAAGGGCACCUCAGGCGCCAUUAAACCCUCUGCUAUAACUUUUCUACAAAAACUAAAGACUAACUGA